AUGGAAUUCCUUUCAAGAGAGGGCGAUGGAGAAAGGGAGACAUCGGGGAUAAUGGCGAAGAGAGAAGUAGAAGACUUGGUCUCUGAUGUCAUGGAGAACCUCAAGGAUAAAGGAUACUUUCAACUUCACCAAUCAUCUGGUACAUUACAUACUCUUCUUAACCCUCCUUCAAUUCGGUAG